AUGGGCAACUUUUGUGGUAGCAAAGAACUUGCAUACUAAACUCAUUAAGAACCAAUUUUUCAAAAUUAUACUAGAAAGAGCACAAAGAUCUCAAUUUUCACAUAGAGCUACUAAGACAUUUAGGACUACAAUGAUGAUAACUUGCUAUGCACUCCUUUUCCUAACUUUUGUAAUAACAAUGGUGACUCUACUUAAGAAGAAGGAAGGACUACUAACAGAGGAAGCACAAAAUAGUUAGAUGAUAUCGACUUAAAAACAAGCGAUGAUGAAUAUUUUAAUGUAAAAAAUUACAGAACAGGAACUUUUAAGAAGCCUGAAUUACGAUUGUCUCUGAAAUCAAGUACUUUUAGACCAAUGUAAGAAAAUAAGUCUCCUGAAAAGACUGAAAGAAAAAUUAGAUUAGGCUACCAUCAAUAUCUUAACAGCAAUAAAAUAUAAGAAACUGAGUAAUCUGUAGCGCAAAAUACUAUAGAUAUGAAUGACAAGUACUCUUCAUCUUCAGAUUCAUCUAGUGAUGAAAACUAGCUAAGAUAAAUCGAUAUUAGAAACCCCAGGCGUGGGAGCAGAAACCUACCUUUUUAGGAUUCAUCAAAUCCACAAUAGUAUAGUAAAACAACGAAAUUUCAACAUACUCCUUAGAUCAGGUUCCUUGAACUAGGAGUAGAAGGAUAGAAUAAAAGUCUGAAUAAAACGAUUUACUCACCUAUCAAUCAAACUGUAGUUAAUAAUAAUUGGAAUGAUGAUUCAUCACUCAACCCAGUUUAAACUUCAGGUCUUUUGGAUGAAAUUACUCCUUUUUAAUCAUUUAUUAAAGGCUCGAAUUUACUUUAGAAAAAAUCUGAGUAAAAGCUAAACAAGAAUAUAAAAAACAAAAUCUCUCUGAAUAAUGCACCAAGAAUGAUGAUGGAUUCAGAUGAAGAUGAUAAAUAAGAUGAGGACUAAUAUAAUUUUGAAGAUAAUUUCAAAGGCUAAGAUACUUAAUUGGAUUUGGAUAUGCUUAAAGAUAUGAUAACUCCUCGAUUUGAUCUUAACACAAGUUAGAUGCAAAAUGUCUAUUAGAAUAAUAACAGUAAUCUUUUAGAGAAUUCAGUAUUUUCUAAAAUAUCGAACGACACAUCAUUCGAUUAAAUCAGAAUAUAGAACUACAAAGAAUUCAUUAAGAACUAUGUAAUAGAAGAUAAAGCUUAGUUUAAGGACUUACUCAAGAAUAAUAUAUCGCCUCUUAUAAAAAGAGAAAUAAAACAAGGAGAUGAUCAUAAAAUCAUAUUUGAAGGAAGCUUUUGGGUUUAAAUGCGUGCAAAUGGUUCCUACGUCAAUAGGUGGUGCUAAUUGAGUAACAACAAUUUAUUGUUCUAUGAUGAUGAGUAUUCCUCAAAAAGUUUUCAGCCACCCUUAAACAAGAUAUUGCUAUCAGAAAAUGUAAAUAUCUAGAAGUCUAAGGAUUUUUAUGCUGCAAGAGAUUAAGAUAAAUUUGAGUUCAAGCUGAUGAUUCGACAAAAAAAUUCGUCAAACACUGAAUUCAUAAAUCAGAGACUAUUGAAAGGAAUGGCUUAAACUAAAUCAGACCUUAGCAUUGGAGAUGUUAGUGCAAUCAAUCUUAGAGAAUAAGAUAGAAGUUAGAAUAAUAAUAAUCAAACAUUAAGUUUUUUUGAGGAAAACGAAAUAUUUAGUCCAACUGAAAACAUAAUUCACAAGCAAAUCACAUUUUAAUCUCAUAAUUUCAAUUAGAGUGCAAAGUUCAUAUUAAUCAUACAGCUCUUGCUAAAAAUUAUUAAGGAUUGA